AUGGCCGCCGCGAUGGUUAGUUCGGCCGGUGGGUUACUGGCAAUGCUCAACGAACCUCAUACUUCCUUGAAACUCCACGCUCUUUCACAUCUCAACAAAUUGGUUCAUCAGUUUUGGCCAGAGAUCUCCACUAGUGUCCCAAUCAUAGAGAGCUUAUACGAAGAUGAAGAGUUCGAUCUGCAUCAAAGACAGCUUGCUGCGUUGUUGGUCUCCAAGGUUUUCUAUUACUUGGGUGAGCUUAACGAUUCAUUAUCCUAUGCCCUUGGAGCUGGAUCCUUAUUUGAUGUGUCAGAGGAUUCUGAUUAUGUUCAUACUCUUCUAGCUAAAGCAAUAGAUGAGUAUGCUAUUCUCAGAUCCAAGGCAGCCGAGUCAAAUGAGGUGGUGGACAUUGACCCCAGAUUGGAGGCCAUUGUUGAACGAAUGCUAGACAAGUAG